CUUAAAUAUAAACUCCAAAAAAAAAAAACAUGUAAAGUUGAUUGAAGCCUGUGUUACUCAGAAUUUACAAAAUUAAUAAUUAAUCACAUAACAAUUACUCAGAAUAAUUGAUUUGAAAAAAAACAUUAAAGAAAUCUCUAAUUAAUUAAAAUUUUUUUAAUCAAAUUAAUUGAUUUUCUGAGAAAACACCUGAAAUAUUGUGAGGUUAAGUUGCCCAUAGCUAAAGUUAAACAACAAUUGCAUGACAAUGUUAUUAAACGGGAUAAGGAUGACAAUAAAGUGUCUCCAGUCAUCAAACCAGCGGAUGACAGUUUCAUAUCUCCCCAGAGUUCAAAACUACUCUGAUUGGUUCCAUCGUCAGCCGAAGCGCAUUGUCAACGAGGAGGAACUCUUGGAUUACGCUGAAGCUGCCGAUGGACCCAACGAGUUUCUGGAGUCGGAUAAAAAAAUAAAACCGACUCGUGCUCCGUUGAAAGUUCGACCGAAUAAACGUCAGAUUAAAAAGAAAUUGAAAGUUACUCCCAGUGAUACUAAAUUUAAAGAAGAUGGUUCGCUGAAUUUUGUCGAGUUGACUGAAACUGACCGUACGUUGACAAUGCUGAUGAUGUCAGUGAGGAGCAGAAAAACCCGUGACAGAAACAGCAAAAUUAUUUUAGAAGGUGCAAGGAUGAUCAAUGACGCCAUAGACGCUGGGCUGACACCUGAAAUUAUUUUAUUUAGCAGAAAUCCUGAUGUGGAGAAGCUUUCACUGCCACAAUCAGGAGUUAAAUUAUUCAAAGCACCUUACAGGGCUAUCCAAACAUGGUCAACGCUGGUUACAUCUCCAGGACUUAUGGGAUUUUUCGUGAUGCCAGAUACUGAAAAACGUGAACCAGCACCUGAUGCGUUACCAGUCACUAUUGUUUGUGACAAUGUUAGAGAUCCUGGUAAUUUGGGGUCGAUAUUACGCGCAGCGGCUGCUGUUGGUUGCAAAAAAUUUGUAACGUUGAAAGGCUGUGUUGAUAUUUGGGAUCCUAAGGUGCUGAAAAGUGCAGCUGGAGCUCAUUUUCGCAUGCCGAUUUUUGCCAGCCAGGUCUGGGAUAACAUGACCAAAUUCGUCGACCCAGAUGCUAAUAUUUACGUCGCUGAUCAUAGUAUAGAAGAUACUGCGCCGGUUGACGAACUUGCAGACCAUGAAGUAGUAGAAGCGCAAUUUAAUGCUGAUAUAGAAAGUGCGCUGGAGGACAAUGAAGAUAGUCUUGAAGUUGAAGAGGAAAAUAAAAAAAAGAAGAAAACUUACCAGCAGGUCAAGCACGAAACUGAACUGGCUAAAGAGUUGAAAAAAAAUAUUCCGGUUAUUCCGUACUACGCGACCGAUUAUACCAAAGAUGAGAUUGUUAUAAUUGUCGGCGGGGAAACAGAGGGUCUGAGUCUUGAAGCUGUUAAAUUAAUUAAUGACAAGUUUGGAGUACGAGUCAAUAUUCCGAUGACCAAUGGAGUAGACAGUCUUAACUCAAGCAUGGCUUUGGGAAUAAUUGCCUUUGAAAUAAGACGCCAGUUUGCGCUUAGAGCUGCCAAGAAAAAUUUUAAAGAUUCUGAGGAAAAAAAUGAUAAAUAAAUGAUAAACUUUGGUUAUUGAUUAAUUAUUAUAAUAUCCACAGAGGCUCGUGAAAAAUUUAUGGCAGUGUAUUAUUGAUAUAUGAGGAUGAAAUCCGUUCUCAGAUUAGUUGUAGGUGUGAUACAGAUAAGUUUUAGAUUCAGCUAGCGUCGAAAAGUUUUAUCAAACUUUUUUUACCUUCACUUUUAUUU